AUGAGGGAGAUGAAAGAAAUGGUUGAUGAACUUCGCAUAACCAAGCCCAUCGAUCCUAAGUUUGAUAGAUAUUCAAGGUUAAUCGGUUACGAGAAACCGAACACAGAUGCUCCACCUACAGUCCGUGUGCCAACCGGUCAUGAUAUUCGAACUUGCGAGGUUUUAAAGGGUAAAGUUAGUGAUGCCGAUAAGAAUGCAAAUAAGAAGGGGAGGAAAAGAAGAGCAAUUCAGUUAGAGAAUGAUCCUGGUUUAGUUGACGAAGAGGACGAGGAGGUAGAAACUGAUGAGGAAGAGGAGUAUAAGGAGGUUGACGAAGCAGAUGAUAGUGAUUCUGAAUGGGAAGACGAGUAA